ACUAUAAAUGCACAAAAAGACUGGUGUUAAAAAACAUAUUACACAAAACACGAGUUUAUUACUACCAGCAUUACCAGAUGAUGACCAAACAUAAGAGGACGCAACUAUCCUGCUUCCUAACAGAUGCAGUGAUGUAAUCUAAAACAUGCAGGUGUGCUUUAUGAAUCAUAAAUAAAAAAAACACAAAACAAGUUCUGAAUCUCCAAAUAUAAACUAAUGACUUCAACAUCUUCACGAGAUCUGAAUUAAGAAGAUAACUGAACUUUUGGCAAUGAGGGGUCCACCCACUUUGUUUUCUAAAGAUUCCCAUGAAAUACUGAUCGACCAUACCAGCUUGUUUAUUUCUACACAUGAAUGUUCUGUAGUAUUAGUAGGGCUGGGCGAUAUGGCAAAAAUAGAAUAUCACGAUUUUUCCAAUAUUUUAUCACGAUUUCGAUUUUAUCACGAUUUUUUAUCCAUGAAUAGCAUAACUUCAAUUGCGUAUUAAAGAAGAGAAACAUUGAAUAAAUAAACAUUUAUUUAUAUUAGGGAUAAUCAACACAGUGCUAACACACUUAUAUUUUAAACUCACACCAGAGAUGAUAAAAGCCCUGAGAGAAACAAUUACAAAAAUCAGUUUUUCCCGUUUUUCAAGUAACUUAACAUGAAUUAAAAUCGUAAACAUAUUUAAAUUGCAAACAUGUCAAUUGCAAACGUAUUGUGCAAACAUUAACUUGUUCAAAAUACUAUGUAGCUCCCAGUUGCUCAUGUAGUGGAUAGUUAAGCUCAAAUACAGCUCUGAUGUGCGGCUGGACCAGAGAUCGCUUGUGGUAGCAAAAAACUGCGCAUUCUGAAUAUUUUCUGCAACAAGUCUCUAAAUAAAGUAAAAUUUUCCAGUGCAGAUUGGAGACAACCCAUAGAAGCACUGAUUUGAUCUCAUUUCAGAGAAAAAUAGAACAGGUCAGAUGCACCUAAUAAAUAAAAUUACUAACAAACUCAGGAAUCUUUCUUUGCUUCACUGUUCUGGUGCUGAAAAUAUCACUAAUGCGGAUCAAAGGAGAUACACAGAUGAAUGCACCUCUUAUUAUUUGGAGACUACAUUUACUGCAGCUGGCAGAGGCAGAGAUUGUUUCUAUUGAUACACGGAUUUACAGAAUCAUUUUAAAUUGUAAUAGGGGAAGACUGCAGGAGGGAGCGGUAAAAUACAGGGGGUCCCAGCAAAAACAAGAAACUACGAGUCUGAUGAAACCCGCUGGUUUUCCAUCAGGCAGUCACGGGGCAGCUCCAGCAACCGAGCUCAGUCCGGUACCGACACCGGCUCGGCAGAGGGUGGACGAGCCGAGGCGACAUCGUGCUCUGCUUAAGAAGCGGUGUUAUUUUCCUGCUUCAGAAGAAGCGUCCAACGUGUUUUUACGCUUUCUCCGAGACAUGUCACGUCGCUAAGUUGUUAGCGCCGCGCGCUAAGGAAACCCUGCGUUCCUCUUCGGAACGAAAACCUCGUUGUCGCUCAGCCGCGGCCGAAGCCAUGUUUGUUCACACACGAAGUGAAAAAACAAGCGGGGCACUAAUAUAUUACCAUGACUCACUCUGAUUGGUUAAGGGUCAAACAAAGGUCAUUCGCCUGGGUGAGCGAGGCCUCUUCCUGAACAGACUCAUAGAAAACCGAAAGCCUUCGACAGAAACAAGCUCACAUGGUGACUGACGCAGACGAGGAGGCAGUGUAGAAACAUCUCACUCUGAAGGGAUCGCUGACUUUAAAGAGGCUGACUACAGGUAGAAGAGUGAGUUUUCAUUCAGUUUAGUGAUAGCUGCCAUCAGAAUGACUCAGUGGAAACAGAUUCAGCAGCUGGAGAUGCGGCUCCUGGAACAUGUGGACUACCUGUAUGAUGAUAAUUUCCCCAUGGACAUCCGACAGAGCCUGGCUGGCUGGAUCGAGUCACAGGACUGGGAUUCGGCUGUAAACGAUGAGUCCAUGGCAUCGGUUCUGUUCACAAACCUGCUCUCCCAGCUGGAGAACGUCCGCAUGCAGGAACAAAACUUCCUGCAAAGACACAACAUGAAAAUCAUCCACCAACAGCUGCAGCGAAAAUACACCAGCAACACCACCGCCAUGGCUAGAGUUAUCUCCACCUGCCUCAGGGAGGAGCGGCGUAUUCUCUCCAGCGUCAGCACUCAGGAGCAGGGAGCGCUGGAGCAGUCACUGCAGAAUUCGGUGGCCUUCAAGAGGCAGAAGAGCAUGGAUAACAGAGUUGGGAUCAUCAGAGGCAGCGUGCAGCUGGUGGACCAGGCUGUUAAAUACAUCGAGGACAUGCAAGAUGACUUUGACUUCUGUUAUAAGACUCUCCAGUCUCGAGAAGCAUCAGACAGAUCCUCUGAGAGGAUGAAACAGGAAGUGACACGACUACAGGAAAUGCUCAACAGGCUUGACUUUAAGAGGAAGGAGGUGUUGUCAAAGAUGGAUGUGGUGAUCAAAGAGGUCGAUGACCUGGUGACCUCUCAGCUCAGUCCGGAGCUGCAGGACUGGAAACGCAGGCAGCAGAUCGCUGGCAUCGGAGGUCCCAUGCUUACAGGGCUGGAGCAGCUGCAAAGCUGGUUUACGGUGACAGCCCAGAGCCUGUUCCAGAUGAAACGACAGCUGGACAAACUGGGGGAGCUGGUUGUUAAAGUCACCUACGAGAGUGACCCGAUCCCACUGCAGAAGCCACACCUGGAGGAGAGAGUUAAAUACCUCAUCUACCAUCUCAUCAAGAGUUCCUUUGUGGUGGAGAAGCAGCCCUGCAUGCCCACACAUCCACAGAAACCUCUCAUCAUCAAGACUGGAGUACAGUUCACCACCAAAGUCAGACUUUUGGUCAAGCUUCCUGAGGUGGAUUAUCAGCUGAAAGUCAAAACAACGUUUGACAAGGACCUCCCGCCUGGCAGAGUAAGUCGACAGUUUUUCAUCCUGACCAACAACACUAAAGUGAUGGACAUCGAGGAUUAUUCAAACGGGUGCCUCUCAGUAGAGUUCAGACAUCUGCAGCUGAAAGAGAAGAAAUAUAUAAAUGGCACAAAGGGGAACGAGGGCUUGUUGUCUGUGACAGAAGAACUCCACUCCUUGAGUUUCGAGGCUUGCUUCACGGUGCAGGGCCUCACCGUUGAUUUGGAGACGUGUUCCCUUCCACUUGUGGUGAUUUCCAACGUGAGCCAGCUUCCUGGUGGCUGGGCCUCCGUCAUGUGGUACAACCUCCUGACUGAUGAACCCAGGAACUUGGCGUUCUUUGGGAACCCGCCUCGGGCCAGCUGGACUCAGCUCUCAGAGGUCCUCAGUUGGCAGUUCUCCACCUUCGCUGGUCAAGGCCUCAACAAAGACCAGCUCUCCAUGCUGGGAGAAAAGCUUCUGGGUCAGCUUGCCUCCUGCAGUGACUGCCAAGUCUCUUGGUCCAAGUUUGCAAAGGAGAAUAUUCCAGGAAAGCCAUUCAGUUUCUGGAUGUGGCUGGACUCGAUCCUGGAACUCAUCAAGAAGCACCUGCUGCCAGUCUGGAACGAGAACUACAUCAUGGGCUUUGUGAGUAAGGAGAUGGAGCGUGUUCUGCUGAAAGACCGAGAGCCCGGUACCUUCCUGCUACGCUUCAGCGAGAGCCAUCUUGGUGGAAUCACGUUCACAUGGGUGGAGCACAGUGAGAACGGUGAAGUCAAAUUCAACUCUGUGGAGCCAUACACUAAAAACCGGCUGAGCGCUCUUCCAUUUGCAGACAUCAUACGAGACUAUAAAGUCAUCUCAGAUGGGGUCGUCCCUGAAAACCCGCUCAAGUUCCUCUAUCCGGACAUUCCCAAAGACGAGGCUUUCGGACGGCUCUACAACAGCCAGCCAAGCAAAGUCCAUCCAUACAUCCCAUCUACCCUCAUCCCCAUCUCAGAAAUGCGCUCUAACUCAAGCAGCACACCUCGUUCCUGUCAGUCUCCGGAGCCCCCGAUGACUCCUGGAGAGUUCGACAUGCUCAGCGAGCACCUGUGCAUCGACAUCGACACGAUGAGCUCUCCAUAUUCUGAAUGAAUCCAGAUAAAGAGUUUGAAUCAGUAGUUUUUCCUCAUAUCUGUCCCUCCUCAGCAUCAGCAGCUAAACUGUCAUGAGACACUCCGCUUUGUUUAAAGACUUUUAAUUUUUUAUUGAUUACAUAUUUACUCUGUUGUGUGUACUUUUUACCAAUGUUCUUAUGACUUCUGAUGUGUUUAUUUUCUGUGAUGUGUGUACAUUUUAUGGUAGAGCAUAUUUUGUUCUCUAUAAUUAAAACAUGCACUCAAUUUACUGAAAUACACCUACAAAAUAAAAAGGUAAAGGUGAAUGUAAAUGUAAUACAAACAUAACUAUUUUUAUAAUAAUAAUAAUGAUGAUGAUUAUUAGUAUUAUUAUUAUUAUAUUAUUAUAUUAUAGCCCUCAGUGACUGAAUAGGAAAAUGCAAAAAUGUGAAAUUUUAUUUGCUUAUUUCUUGGUGUGGAAGUUUAAGGGUUAAACAAUAAAGUGCUCUAAUGAAUGUAAAUGUUUUUGCUUUAAUUAAAAAGUGAGAUUUUGACUUCA